AUGUCUGACGUCCACAACACCACCGCCGCCCCGGCAGACGCUCCUGUCGUUGACGAGCCCGUUGCCGUCAAGCCUGAAGAGACUAUUGUCGAGCCUGCUGAGGAGACCACAAAGCCCGUCGUUGAGGAGACUCCUGCAGUCGCCGCAACUGAGCCCACUGCCACAGAGACCGCCGCAACUGAGGCCCCUGCCGCCGUUGAGGAAGUCCCCGUCGCCGAGUCUGCACCUGCAGUCGAAGCCGCUGCUGUCGCUGCCGAGGAGAAGCCUGCCGACGAGAAGCCCGCCGAGGUUGCCGCCACUACUGAGGAGCCCAAGGCCAUUGACUCUGGCGUCCUUGGCUACAAGGCCCCUGGUUUGAUCAAGAGCUUGAAGUUCUCCAAGAGAACCUUCUGGCUGGGCGAGGAGCCCGUCGCCGUCGACAACCUCAGCACCUACCUUCGUGGUGAGAAGCCCGAGACCGGCAACGCUACCGCUGCCUGGUCAAGCCACACUGGCAAGGGUCUUCUCUACUUCGUCAAGCACGCCGAUGAGAAGAAGCACCCCCAGGGUGUCCUGAACCUUUCCGAGGCCACUGACCUCGAGAAGGCCACCGGCCACGAGUUCACCUUCAAGAUCAACCAUCACAAGCACGCCUUCAAGGCUACCAGCGAUGCCGAGCGUGAUGCCUGGUUCGUCGCCAUUGAGAAGGCCAUGACCGAGGCCAAGGCCAACAAGGACACCAUCACUUCGAGCGAGUCUUACAAAGAGACCCUUGCCGGCCUUGCCAAGUCUCACGCUCCUCACACCGGUGCUGGCCGCAAGAGCAUGGACGCCUCCAGACCUCGUGCUGCAUCUACCUCCAGCUCAUCUUCAUCUGACGCUGAGGCCGCCGCUAAGAAGGCCAAGAAGAGCCGCUCUGCUUCCCGCAGCGGUAAGCGCCACAGUCUCUUUGGUGGUAUCAUGGGCAAGAAGGCCGAGCACGAUGCCGAGAAGGAAGAGAAGAAGGAGGAGAAGGCCGAAGAGAAGGCCGUCGAAGCUGACAAGCCUGCCACCGAGGCUGUCGAGGAGCCCGUUGCUGCUGAGACCGUUGCCCCUCUCGAGGCCGAGGCCAUUGCUGCCCGUGUCAUCGAGGCCCCUAUUGAGGAGACCAAGGUCGCUGAGGAGAAGCCCGUCGAGUCUGCCGUUGAGCCUAACACUGAGGUUCCCGCCAACGUAGAGGAGGUCCCCGCUGCCGAGUCUGCUGCCCUUGUCGAGGCUGCCGCUGUCGCUGCUGAGGAGAAGCCUGCUGAGGUUGCCGCCACCGAGGAGAAGCCUGUUGUCAACAGCGUCUCUUCCAAGCCCGUUGAGGAGAAGAAGAAGACCGAGGAGAGACCCAAGGCCAACAAGCGUAGCAGCUUGUUCGGUGCUUUCUUCGACAAGGUUCGCAGCCCUACUAGCGAGAAGAAGGAGAGCGAGGUCGCUCCCGUCGUGCCUCCCAAGGAGACCGUUGUCUCGGCUGAGCCUCCUGUUCUUCCUGAGCCCGCCACCGAGAACUCCAACCUCGACCCUUCUGCAGUCGAGACCACUGCCGCUCCUGUCGUCGCCGAGUCCGCCACUGAAACUCCCAAGGAGGCUGAGCUCGAGGCCGCCAAGGUCGAGUAUCCUCUCGUCACCCCCAACACCGAGCGCAAGCAGAGCUUCUUCGACAGCUUGGUGAAGAAGGCCAGAUCCAAGAGCCCUGCUCCUGGCACUUCCACUGACGCUCCUGCUGUUCCUCCCAAGGAUGAUGAGGUCGCCGCUGCUCCUGUUGUCGAGGCUCCUGCUGCUACCACUGAGGCUGCUGCUGAGAAGCCCGUCGCCGAGCCCGUUGUCCCCACUACUGAGACCAAGAUCGAGACUCCCAAGUCCGGUACUCCUAAGGAGAGCCGCCGCAAGUCCUACUUCGGCGGCUUCGGUGGUGCCAAGAAGGAGAAGACUGAUGCUGAGAGCCCUCAGGAGGACAAGUCGAUGCUCGGCAAGGUCACUGGCCUCUUCCGCACCAAGUCCCAGGCUGCUCGCCCUGUCAAGAAGGACAACGUUGCACCUACCGAGCCCGUUCCUGCCAUCCCCUCAACUGAGGCCGCCACUGAGCCCGCCGUUGUCGACACCCCUGCCGUCGCCGAGUCCAAGGUUGAGGAGCCUGCCGCCGAGACCGUCGCUCCCAUCAGCGAGACUCAGCACACUCCCUCCAACCCCACCGUUUCCGCCGCUGCGUAG